AUGAAGAAGCUGCAGCUUCUCUGCCUCAGUCUCCUGGUGCUGGGAUGUAUCCUGGGUGUGCACGGUGGGAACAAUGUCCUCGACUGCUGCCUGCGGACGAGGGAGACUCCCAUCCCACGUCGGAUAGUGCGGGAUUACCGGCUCCAGCUUGUGCAGGACGGCUGCGAUAUCCCAGCUGCUGUGUUCAUCACCACCAAGGGCAAGCGCCUCUGUGCACCCCCACAAGCCCCAUGGGUGCUUCGUCUCCAAGAGAAGCUAGAUACCAGCUUUUCCAGGAGGGAACGAGUGGAUGAUGGGUAA